CCCGUUAACGGAUUAACUCGCUAAUGAGGGUGGGCUCGGCAGGGCCUGUGCCCCCCCCGGCCGCCGCCGCCGCCGCCUCCUCCCCCCCCGGAGGGGGGCAGUGACAGGCAGCGGCUCCUGCCCCAUGUGACUGGGGAGCGGCUGCCCCCGUCCAUGGCUUGGCCUCCCCCGGGCAGCAGCAGCUCCGGCUCCCGGGGAGGAGGGGCAGGAGCUGCUGCUCCAUGGGGAGGAAGGGCAGCCCCCGAUCCCCCCAGGCGGAGGGGGGAUCCCGGGCCGCCUCCCCCCCCGCCUCCUCCUCCCCCUCCCCGCUCUGGGCCUUGCCCGAGGAGCUGCUGCUGCUCAUCUGCUCCUACCUGGACGCGCAGGCCUUGGGCCGCCUGGGCCAGGUCUGCCGUCGCCUGCGCUUCUUCACUAGCCGCGACGUCCUCUGGAGGCGCAUAGCCCGCGGCUGCCUCAACUCCGGCUUCACCCAGCUCGGCACCGACCUAGCAGCUGGCGUUCCAGUGAAAGAAAGGGUGAAAGUCUCUCAGAACUGGAGGCACGGACGCUGCCGGAGGGAGAUACUGCUGAAAUGGAAACGCAACUUGAUGCCCUGGAUGGAGCUGGAUGGCGAGUAUUUGUACCUCUCUCAAGCCGAGAACAUCGAGGCUUACCGGCUCUGUCCAGACAGCACAGGUUUGCAGCGCCACCCUCAAGCUAUCUUCUCUGGCCACCAGGAGGACGUAUGUCGCUUUGUUCUUGUCAACUCGCACGUCGUCAGUGGAGGGGGGGAUGGGAGUAUUGUACUUCACAAGAUCCAUGGCUCCUACAGUGUCAAGUUUUCUGCGCAUGAACAGGAGGUGAAUUGUGUGGACUUUCAAGGCGGCCUCAUCGUGAGUGGCUCCCGGGACAGAACAGCAAAGGUUUGGUCCCUGUCCGCGGGCAGAGUUGGGCAGUGUCUACACACAGUGCAGACAGAGGAUCGAGUGUGGUCCAUUGCUAUCAGCCCAUUAUUAAGUGGUCAGCUGUCGACCUGCUUAGGGACUGAUUUCCACCGUGGAGCUGGAGUCCUUGAUGUCUUCUAUGAAACGCCCUCCCUUCUCCUUUCAUGUGGGUAUGACACCUACAUCCGCUACUGGGACAUACGGACCAGCACUAGAAAAUGCGUCCAGGAGUGGGAAGAGCCCCACGACAGCGCCCUGUACUGCAUAAGGAGUGAUGGGAACCAUAUGAUUGCCAGCGGCUCUUCCUACUAUGGCGUGGUGCGCCUCUGGGAUAAGCGGCAGACUCGGUGCCUGCAGAGCUUUCACCUGUCUUCACCCACCAGCAGCCCAGUGUACUGCCUCCGCUUCAGUACCACCCAUCUGUAUGCUGCCCUGGCAUCAGCCCUGCAUGUCCUAGACUUCACAACCCCAUGAGGGGCACCAUGGCUAUUUCUGGUCACCCCAACUCAGCGGAGUUGACACUUGGCUCAGGGAAUUGCCGGGCAGGAGAGGUGAGAGUGGCCCCCGAGACUUCUGAAGGGAUUCUUUCCCUUCCAGAAAGCUACGUUCAAGAGUGCACAAAGGGCCAGACUUCCUCCACCUCACCUGCCCUUUAGUGGAAAUAAAGGCCGAUUGUCCUUUACCCUUUUUAUUUUGUACAAGUCAGGGUUUUUUUUAACUGUGUUUUUUCUUUCUGUGGAUACAGCAUUUGAGGGGCAGGUUGACCUGGAUGCCCCAUCAGUUGUGUGUGCUGGUCAAUUCAAGAUCAGACAAGCUCUGAGCCAUGUGAAGCAAAUCUAGGUUGUGUGUGGGGUGCAGUGUUUUGGCAGAAGGGGAGGUGCCUGGAGCAGGGCCUACCUUUCACCUGUGCUUGCUCUCCUGACAGCUGCUUGUGUUGUCCUUCAAAGCCAAGAGCAAGAACUGAGCUAAAAGGCAGAGCCAGCCCUGCUUUCAGCAUAUUCCUCCCCAACCUGGCCAUCAGGUCGGGCUGUGCACUUGGCAGGGCUGAACAGUCCCAUUUUGCUAAAUAAAACACUGAAGGGAAACAGAAAA